AUGUCUGUGACAACAUCAAGCACUGUUUCUUCUGCUUCGGCAACCUCCAGCUGCCAUGCAAAGCUGUAUGACAUCCCGACGCACGAUGCCGCAUGCGCCAUGCCGAUCAAGAGUAACUACUCUUCGAUCAUGAGCAGCUGCUGCUCCUCAGCAUCUGUCGUUGAGUAUGACAACUGUGAUUAUUACUGCCUGGCUCAAGGCCAAACUGUUGGUGCUUUGGCCGAGUGUCUCAUCAAGGCUUCUGAAGCCGGCGAGGUCUGGUGCAACACGAACGCCAAUGCGACGGCCACAGCCACGGCAACAGCUACUGGAACCGGCGUGGUGACUCUGGGAGCUACCACCACCGGGGCUGAUUCCACGGCCUCGGCCACUUCUAGCGGUGCCACUGCAGCAUCGACUGCGAACGCUGGUGCUGCUGUGGUUGCGCCUCAACCUCUUUCGAAGUCGGCUAUGGGAAUGGUGGGACUUUUGCUGGCGGGAUCCUUGGCUGGGCUUUUCAUUUAA